AUAAUUAUAAAAGUACAAGAAAAAGAGGAAAAAUAUUUAGAUGUACCUAUUCUUGCUUUACCGCGUUACUACUGUUCAUCGAAUAGAACGUAUGUUAUCUUAGGAGGAUUGGGUGAUUUCGGUUUGGAAGUAGUAGACUGGUUGGUCACGCAAGAAGCCAAGAACCUCAAUCACACGAUAGAGACCUUCCAGGAACCUUUCAAGAAGAAAGCAUGGGCUACGAAGAACUUAGAGCAAUUAUCAAUAAAAAUCUAUUCACAAUUACGACAUUUCGUCAUCUUUUCUUCUGUAUCGUGCCGUAGAGGCAACGCUGAACAGAGCAAUUACGGUACGGCAUAUCAUGGAAAGAAUCUGCUAGAGGAGAUCACAGGAAGGCUUGAAAGGCUCAACAAUUCAGUGGGGCGCAAUUGGCGAUGUCGGUAUUGUUGCCGAUAUAAACUGUCCGUAGUGGCGAGUAAGGUUGUAGCUGAGAAGCGCUUGGACAUCAGCACGAUUAGUAUUGUUGAUACUGUGGCUAAAAUUAUGGGUUUGAAAGAUAUGAAAAUUGUAUCUAGUUAUACAUGUUUGUCUGAACUGGGGAUGGAUUUAAUGAUGGCAAUGGAAAUUAAACAAACCUUGGAACGAGAGUAUGAUGUCUUCUUCACUUCUCAGGAUAUUCGUAAUCUGUUUUGUGAGACUGUUUGCUGA